AUGGCUGUGACACGUGUCAUGCCUGUAGCCCUGGUGGAAAAUGGAGCAAAUUUCCGUAGAAAGGACUGUGUGGACCUACUGAUUAAGGCCAGGGUUCACCUCGAGUGUCGGGAUAUCUGGCAACGGACCCCGCUACUGAAGGCCGUUGUGAAUCACCAUUAUACCAUCGCCUCCAUGUUAAUGGUCGCGGGGGCAAGUGUCAACGCCGCGGACGAUGAUAAGAAGGUUCCGCUACACGUAGCCGCGAGCUACGGGAAUUCUCGCGGCGUCAACGAACUCCUGGAGUGUGGUGGGGAUAUCGACUUCCAGGAUCUGAACGGCAGAACUGCUCUGUACUUUGCGCUAGGCUCUCAGGGAAAAACUCCACCGGACGCCUUUGAAAUUCUGAACUUGACAAUAACUGCCCACGGCCUGGUACCUGGACAGCAGCUAAUGUCAUCGGCGCUCACGCAGUACAAGAAGCAGCCGAACGGAGACAUGCGAUUGGUCAUUCACCGCCUGAUUUUGGCAGGGGGUGUGGUUAAAGUGCCGGACUCUGGGAAAUAA